GCAGGUUGUAGGACCAUGACAUCAAGGAAAGCCGGAUGUCAUAACGUGACGAAUAGCGCAUGUAGCCAAGCUUCCUGUGGGGCGGGCGAACAACACGUAUACUCAUGCUAGACGCAAGCCUACGAGCUACCAGUGUAUCCUUAGCGUUCGGCAUGCAAUACUACUGCAAUACUUCAGUGUGCGACUAAACAGCCAUACAAUCCAUCAUACAGAAAUUUGCCAAAAUGCCUAAACUAGGGCUUCUGGCAGUCUCAGCCGGUAUAUCAGCUUUGGUCGUUGCCCUAGUAUUGCCUUAUACCGAGCCAGAGGCCUUAGCAGCGCUCGCCAGGCAUCCAGUGGGUGGUAUCGCCCGGAACGCCACCGCAGCAGCAUUUCAGGGGCUGCUCCGCUUGCUAGAAGCAUCCUCAGCGGCCGCCAGUAACUCUGGCCCCAGCCUACGUGAUUACUACCCGAUACCAGAGGCCUCACAAGCCAAGCAGGCAUCCCGUGAAGCCAGCAAUCCUAGUUUGACUUCAGCUCAAAGGGGCGGCAGCAGCAGCAGUGGUAGGAGGGCGGCUGCGAAACAUGCAGAUGCGGAUUUGGAUUGGGCUGAUCCCGAGGUAUGGCGGUUGCAGCAAGAACAGGUCACGCGCCCGUACUACACGGAGGAGGAAGUACGGCGACUGUUGUACUGGUGCAGUAAUGCCGCUGACACAUCUGCUCACCGCCCCUCUGGCAGCGGCAGCAGCGGCAGCAAGAACAACGGAGACAAAAACAAUGGAAAUGAAGGCUCACAUCUUGCUACUAGCUUCCCUAACGGCAGCGUACCAACAACAGCAGCAGCUGAGGUGCGGAAAGACGGCGAGGAGCAGGACGACAUGGAGCGCUUUCGUCGUUUGACCAAGUGGGUGACGGCGGCCGGCGGCGAGGCCUCCCGAGUGACCCUUGGGUCCGACGAGCGAGGCGUCCGGGGGCUGCAUGCCUCUCAAGCCAUCCCCGCGGGAGAGGUGGCGCUGGCGGUGCCGCUGCGGUUGGGGCUGUCCGCCGCCACCUUCCGCGCAGCCCGCAUGCUGGGAGCCGCCACCGGAGCCGCCUGGGCAGGUGUGGAGGACGCGGAUCUCUUCCUGGACGCACUCGCUGUGUCGUACGAGGUUGCCGUACACGGGGAGCGCUCCCCCUGGGCGCAGCACCUGUGCCUGAUGCCCAGGACGUACGGUGGUCUGCCCGUACAUGCGAGUGACCCACGGGUCAGCGCGCUGCUGUCCCACCUGCCAAGCGUCCGCCGCCUGGCCGCCAAGCGCCGGGCCCAGCUGGCCAUGGUUUCGGAGCGCCUAGCUCGCCCCGCUAUGCUGGAGCUACCUGGGGGCAGAGCGGCGCUGGCACGACUGGCGCGAGCAGGAGGAGGAGAUGGAGGUGGCGACGGGGGCAGUAGCCGUAACAGCAGUGGCGACGGCAGCGGAAGGGACCUGUGGUUGCCUUUGUGGCACUGGUCGUAUGCAGCCGCUAAGACUCGUGCGGUGACGUUGGCAGCGGAGGAGCUGCGGGCUGGCGGAGGCGGCGGCAGUGGAGAGGCGGCGGGAGCUGGGGUGCUAGGGUUCCUGCUGACGCCGCCUCCGCCGGUGGUUGUCGGCUGGGCACAGGUAGUGGGGUCCGGGUACCCGGCAGGGGCAGUGCGGUGGGGAGUGCAUGGCAGGGUUCAUUGGAGGUUGUGAUGUUUACACACGCUGGCGAUCGCCGUGCGUCCUUUCCUUACCUCAUCCCUACUUCCCUUAAUCAUUGGAAACGUCUAAUACACUUGCUGUUUUUAUAGAGGCAUAGCAAGACAGCGAAGUUAAAGGUUGGCAUGCACGCGCUGCACCUGGUGUGCCUGGUAAGCCAUGAUACCCCUACCGCGCUGUGCUGCCCCCCACGCACGCCCUGGAGGUCGGCUCGCUGCUGCCGCUGCUGGACCUGGCCAACCACGCCUUCCAAGCAGCUGGGCCGCGGGGGGCAGCAGCGAACACGGAGCACAGGCUGCUGACAGCCCCCUCCGGCGGCGGCAUGCUGGCAGCUCUGGUGUCCACCGCCGCCAUCCCCGCUGGUGCCCCCCUCACCUUCGACUACCUGGCAGCCGAGGAGGCGGACGAGCAGCAGGGGCCGCCCACCUGCCCCGACAGGUGGCUUCUGGAGUAUGGUUUCGUGCCGGACAGUGGCGGGGACCCUCGCCGGGACUGCGACACGUUCACAGUGGGGGCAGCGGAGCUGGCGACUGCUGCGACCCGCGUUACCAGCGCAGCAGGAGCAUCAGGAGCAGCAGGAGCAGGAGCAGGAGCAGCAGCGGCGACAGCGAUGACAGCAGCGAUACCGGCAGCAGCAGCAGCAAGAGCAACAGGAGCUUCGGAGGAGUCUGCAUCGCAAACAGACGAACAAGGUAAAGAACAAGCAGCAGCGUCGCCUAAACCGCUGAACCUCCUCCUUCAAAGCAAGAUCCAGGCCAAGCUGUCGUCGGGAUCCGUACAGCAACAGCUCCCACUUGGGAUGGGCCGUAUCGAGAUCCAAGUACGGCAGCCCACUCCGGCUGAGGUGGAGGUGGGCGAGGGGCCCGGCUGGGUGCGGCGGCGGUGGGAGGUGGUGCGCUGGAUAGAGACGGCGCUAGGGGGUUGGGAUGGGGAUGGUGAAGACGGCAGUAGUGGCAGCAGCAGUGGCAGUGUGCAAGGGAAUGCGGGUGUGGCAGGCGCGGGUGAGGCAGAUGCGGAUGCCGUGCUUCGAGAGCUGUUGCGAGCGCGAGCUGAGCAGCUGGAGCGGCUGCUGGAGCAGGCGGGGAAUGGGCGUGUCAAUGGUGUCGCAGGUGUGACCCACGGGUCUGCUGCUGCUGCUGCAGUCGGGGCUGCGAGUAGCGAUGUGGAGUUGAGGCGAGGGGU